AUAAGAGCUACGAGACGGAAAGAUGUCUUUUGAGUAGACUCUAAGUAUUGGAGAAGGUGAAGAAGUGUAAACAAUAGGUUAAAGUGAGAGUAAUGUUGAGGUGGAGACCUCUAGAAGUGGGGGAAGUGAAGGAAGAGAAGAAGAAGUGGCAUAACGCAGCUUGUCUUCAAUGCAGUUUGGCUUGUGAUAGGCUUUUUAGUGUAUUGUCGAACUUGAGGUGUCGUCAUCCCAAAGGUCCAUCCUCCAUCAAAUGGUGGAAAGAUAAAUUCUUCUUUGCAGAUGAUAUAGAGUGGGGAAGGACCAACAUAGAGGUGGAGGCUUUGUGUAAGUGGAAGAUGAAGAAGGCAAACCCAAAAAAGGAUAAACUGAGUGAGGAUAAGGAGGAAGAAGUGAAGAAGUUGAUUAGGGUGGGUAAGGAGGUGGUGGAUAUUAACCAUUUACUGAGUCUUGAAAUGAUUAAUGCUGCUGAGAUAUAUGGGAAGAGCUUGUUAAAUGGAGAGGAGAUGAAUCACCUUCUUUCUGGUGUUGGGAACAUCACUCUACUAAAGAAGUCUAGAGCUCUUGUGGUAGUUGAGGUCACCAGCCUUAGCAUGGAGCCCACAUGGAGGGGGAUUGAGGAAGGGGUUGUUGCCUAGAAGAGAAAAAGGGUGGAAGAGUUGUAACAGCCACAACAGGAGGAUAUGCCCAUCCAGUUCGUGCUUCAUCGUACUCUAGUUGAAAUCAUCCGUCUCUACAAGAGGUGGGAGAUGUGACCCCUGUGAGGGGGAAGAGUAUUGUCCUGCUUCUAGUUUAGUGGUCUAGCUUUUUCGAUUCCACCAGUAGGACCACUACUAAAUGUUUCAUCAACACCACCUUUCCUAAGGGGGAUUUGAAACGAGCAAGAGAUAAGAUGGACGCCAAUGGUGGGGUGGGGGUAGUUUGUCAUGCCCUUGAGGUCUGAGUCCUGAAGCUUCAAAGGUCUUUUUUUUCUUUUUUUUAACUUCAGCAUUUCAUGUGUCUAUGAACCUUGUAAAUGCCCUGGUGAGUGAGUAUUUAGACUGUCUCAAGAAACAUAGUAAAUUAGU